AUGACUUUGGAAUGUGCCAUAUGCUUGAGUGUGUUUGAGGAACGAGAAGUAGGUAAGAGCUUGCCGAGGUGCUCACAUGCGUUUCACCUCGAGUGCAUUGAUAUGUGGCUCUUCAGUCAUUCUACGUGCCCUAUUUGUCGUGCUCAAGUUGUGGUAGAAGUUGAUAAUGUUAAUCAGAGAAGCGCGGCGGUCGUUGGUGGUGAUGGUGUCGUGGAAAAUGAGGUGGUGGUGGAGGAGACUUCUCUCAAUCUUGGUACUAUCGAUGAUGCUAAUCAGAUCGCUGUCAGGUUGAGUGAUCAAGUUAUCAUGGAAAUUGAGGAAAUUAGUGCAGAUUCUGAUGAUCAGCAAGUGGUAACUUGUGAAUGUAGAAUAAUGGUUGAUUGCUCUUUAACAAGGAUUUUGAGUAGGAAUAGAUUAGAGCAAAGGGUUCAUCCUUCAGCUGACGCUACAUGA